AUGAAGAGAAUAGUUUUCUCUGAUUUCAUGUUCUUUUAAAAAGAGCGAUACAAUCAGUAAAAAACCCGGCGGAACUAUGGUUUCUUUGAACACAAAACGCGCAAGAAACAUUCAACUUUUGUGGCGUCUUUGCGGGUAAAAUUACUCUAGUUUUAGCAAACAUUACAUGGGGACGCACAGACCAUUUUCCCAGCUUGUGGUCCGUAUGCAGUGCAGAUUAAUUUGUUUGAUAUUCCUUCGGUAGAAUAACAUUGCUAUAGGUGUCAUUUGCUGCUGUGCUUUUGUGCUGUUCGGUUCGAAAUUUCCAAUUCGCUGUGUGCAAUUCGCAAAGCUUCAAUCUUAUUUUGUUUUUUUGCUGGCUAAAACAUCGUUCAAAACAGUCAAUCAUCAUGAGUGUACAACUUCAGCGAGUCAAGGAACGUGUGUCGAAGUACAAGGAAGACAUCGACAUCGCUGAGGAGCGGGAAAUCAAGGCGAAAAACGAUCUUCUCGAAGCGGAAGCGAGGUACGAAAACACCGUGAAUGAAGUGGAAGGAAUGAAAAGAAGAUUGGUUUUGAUACAAAAGGAUUUGGACAAGGUAAACGAUCGGCUGGAGGCUGCGCAGAAAAAGUUAAAUCACGCCGAAGGAAGAUUUGGGGAUGAUGAUGGAAUGAGACAGGAGUUUGAGAUCACUGAAAUGGAGCGAGAUGAACAGCUGGCGACCCUGGAAGAUGAGUGUGUCGCAGCAAAGAAAGUCAGCAACGAAGCUCACAACGUGCUUGUCGACAGCGAACGUAAACUUGCCGUUCUUGAAGAGGAGACACAGCGCACGGACGAACGUCUUCGCGCGGGUACGGACCGCGUGAGCGCGCUUGAAGAAAAGAUCAACAACGUGGGCACGGAAAUUCGCACCCUCGAAGAUCGGGAUAACGAUGCUGCGGAACGCGAGGAACUCACGGAGGAGAAACUAAAGUUCUUGGAAGACCAAGUUCGAGAAACAGACGAAAGGGCUGACAUGGGGGAACGUGAUGUUGUAAAGAUGGAGAACAUCGCGAAAGACUAUGUAAAUGAAAUUAACAGUUGGAAAAAGAAGAUACAGGGUGUGAGAGAUGAGGUAGCACAGAUCGAAAACAUGGCUGACGAGCAGUUGGAAGAACAUUCUGAGAAUCGACCGACGCCCCGGAAAGAGCCUGAACCUGAGUCCGAGUCGGAACCAGAGCCCGAGCCUGAACCCGAGCAUGAACCCGAGCAGGAGGCGGGAAAUUCCGACGAGGGAUCCGAGGAUUAGUUUAGAUCAUGUUGUAGCAUAAAGACACGUAUCGUAGCUGUUUUGAAAAUACAGUAAA